AUGGACGGGCGGCAUUCGGAGAAGUCGGGCAGCCGCGCCACGGCUGCUAAUACGUCAUCGGCUGUGUCCCAGAGCCCCAGAAUCUCCUCCCACCUCUCGGGAUCCUCGAGGGACCUGUCUUGCAGGAGGGCUCCUCGGAGUUCUGCCCGCAGGGACAGGGCGGCCCACCCCACCACCAUCCUCCUCUGCAAGUCACAGAGCAGCCAGGCGGCCCUGGUGCCGCAGGAGCACAAGGUGUUCUUGGAGGAAGCCUACAACGCAGCCAUCUGCUUCAAGAUACUCCGAGACCUGAACUGCUCAGACGCCUUCCGCCUGAAGAACCUUGUCAAGAAGAUCAAGAACAUGGCCCACGAGGCGCCGAACCUGGUGCUGGAAACCAUCCACGACUACUUUGCGAGCAACCCUGAGGCCUCCAGCUGGCACAGGCUGUGGCUGUUCCACGUUCUGGAGACUGUCAUCGGAGCCAGCGACUCGCUGGAGGAGACCUGGGAGAGGGCCUUCACGAAGCUGGCCCUGGAGAACAUGACCAAGUCCACGGAACUGGACGAGGCGUACCAGGAUGCGGCCAGCAACGUGCUGGUGGCCAUCUGCAAGCACUCGUGGCAGGGGGUGGCCCGGCACCUGGAGACCGAGGUCCUGACAGGCGUCUUCCCCCACCGCAGCCUCCUCUACGUGAUGGGUGCCUUGACCUCUAAAGAGGGGCUGCUCAGCCAGGCGGAGAAGGCGAGCUGGGAGGCGCAGCUGACCACGAUAGCUGCCAAGUCAGCCCAGUUCCUGAACUCGGACGUGUGGUCCAAGGAGCUGCUGGGUGCGCUCACCAAGCCAGACCGGACACACCAGGAGCAGCCCCCGGAGAAGGCCUUCCUGUUCGUCUUCUAUGGGCUGAUCCUCCAAGCGGAGAAGAACAGCGCCACGGUCGGCUCACACCUGCGGACCCUCCUGGAGACCUCCCACCAGUGGCCCAAGCAGAGGGAGGGCAUGGCUGUCACGGUGGGGCUGGCCGCGGCCCGCCACCUGGGCCACGUGUGGGCUGUCCUGGAGCAGUUCGGCCAGAGCGCCCCCAUCAAAUGCAGCCUCCAUAGCUUCUCCCCGAAGGCCUCAGAGGACCUGCGGUGGAAGUGGGCCAGCAGCACCAUCCUCCUGGCCUACGGUCAGAUGGCGGUCAAGGCCAAGGCCCACAUCCUCCCCUGGGUGGACAACAUCUUGUUGCGGAUGAUCUUCUUCUUCCGCUACAGCUCCUGGAGCGAGACCCUGAAGCAGAGCUUCCUCACUGCAGUCCUCAUGCUGCUGGGGGCCAUCGGCCACUCCAGCGACGCCCACAGCUACAAGUUCUCCCAGCUCUCCGAGCUCCUAGAAUGUCUGAUGGUUGUGAUGGAGAAGGAGCCGAAGGACAGGCUGUGCACAGUGACGCGCCAGCAGACCAUCCGCAUCGUCUCCAGCCUCUGUCAGCUGGGGCCGCCCCUGGACUUGGAGAUGAAAUCGCGACUCCUGUCCGCCUGCCUCCGCAGCGUGCUGGCCCUGCCGCUGCUGGACGUCCAGGAGAAACACACCUGUCUCUUUCUGGAGCCGCCCGACAUCCAGUCCCUCUACCAGAAGACCUCGGAGGCCCUGGACCAGAUGCUGCAGACCUUCGUCACGCAGAACCCCACGGCGGACGAGCUGCACUUCCUGCUGUCGCACCUGUACACCUGGCUGGCCUCGGAUAAGGCGCACGAGCGGCAGCGGGCUGUGAACAGCUGCGUGGGCCUUCUCAAAUUCCUGAGCCUCAACCUCCACCUGAAUCCCAAAGAGGACUUCAAACGGAUCGGGCAGCUGGUGGGCAUGCUGGGGAUUCUGGGCCAGGACCCGGAUGGGGCCACCCAGCGCUCCAGCCUGGAGGGGCUGGGCCAUCUCUACCAGCUCCUGAUGCGCCAGAGAGGUGAGGCCCGGCCGGCGGAAGCACCGCUCCCCAAACAGCGUGCCCAGGCCGGCGCGGACGGAGCCCUGCUGUGGAGCAGCAGAGACCAGAAGGCCACUCCGCCCGCCCGCCUGGAGGCGGCGUUCACGAAGGACCACAUCUUCCAGCUUGGCAGCUCCCAAGUCACCAAGGAGGUCAUGAAGCGUCUCACGCGGGCGGAGCUGACCGACCUCGCCUGGACCGCCGUCGAAGGCCUGGGCUCCACCAGCCCCUUCCGCGUGCAGGCGGCUGCCAGUGUGCUGCUCACCGUCACCCAGGAGCACGGGGCCCAGCUGCAGACCGUUGCCAACCUGGGCCGCGCCGUCCACCUGCAGCUCCGCUCCGUCCGCAUCCCCCAGGCCAAGGAAAGUGCUCUGCAGGCGGUCACCCUGCUGGCCCGCAACCACACCCCCGAGCUGGUGGCCGCCUUCCUGGACUUCUCCAUACCCCUGGACAGCCACGCCUUGCAGCUGUGGAGAGCCCUGGGGGCCAGGGCGCCCGGGAGCCGCCGGGUGCUGGCCACGCUGCUGGUGUGGCUGCAGGAGCGGCCCCUGCUCGCCAGGACCCGCGACGGCGGCCCCCAGCCCGAGGAGAAGGCCCGCCUGCCCUCACUGGCGGCCAUGAACACGCUGUGCAAGCUGCAGUUCACGCGCGAGUUCAAGAAGACAGUGCAGGAGGCCUACCCCCAGCUCCUCCUGGCCUUCCUCGCCCAGGUGCACUACGUCUUGGAGCUGCGCCUGCCCGGGGAGCCCCAGCCCGGCCGGGACACCCAGAGCGCGGCCGUGCCCGGCCCCCAGAGCAUGUCCCUGGAGGCACUGAAGGGCCUGCUGGCCAGCACGGGACACUGGCAGGGCCUCGCCCAGCUGGAGCUGCAGGGCGCCUGGCACCUCUUCACCGCGAUGGACACCUACCCAAAGGGGGUGUGCCUCCUGGCCAGGGCCAUGGUGCAGGGUGUCUGUGGGCAGAUCAAGGCCGUGACGCGCCAGCUGCUGCACAGCCUGCACAGCCAGGAGGAGCGGGAGAGGAAGGUGGCCAUCCUCAUCCUCAACGAGUUCCUCUACAGCCCUGCCCUGCUGGAGGUGCUCUCCGAGCAGGACGCCCUGACCGUGCUGGCCCAGAACCUCAGGGACCCCAGCCCCGAGGUCCGGGCGCUGAGCCUGCAGGGCCUGGGGAACAUCCUCUUCCACCCGGAGAAGGGAAACCUGCUCCUCGGACAGCUGCCGCCCUUCCUCCACGGCUUCUUCCACAACAGCGAGCCCGUGGUGGUGCACCUCAUGGGCACCGUGUCCGAGGUGCUGCACCGCCUGGGAGCGCGCGGCGCGGGGGCCCAGAGCCUCACCGUGGCCGCCAACGCCCUCUGCUUCUUCGACGACGAGCGGGACGCGAUCCGGGCGGCGGCCAUGGCGCUCUUCGGGGACCUGGUGGCAGCGACGGCGGGCGGGGAGCCCAGGGGCCUGCGCACCCAGGUCCACCUGAGCCUGGUGCCCCUGCUCCUGCACCUGAAGGACCGCUGUCCGGCCGUCGCCACGCAGGCCAAGUUCGCCUUCUACCGCUGCUCCCUGCUGCUGCGCUGGCGGCUGCCGCACACCCUCUUCUGCGCACUGGCCUGGGAGAGGGGCCUUGGCGCCUGCCACUUCCUGUGGUCCUGUCUGCUGACGCAGAGCCAGGAGGCGUUCGGCAUCCACGUGUCACAGACCCUCAGCUACCUGCGCAGCAGCCAGCACCACCUCAGGACCGGGGCAGCGGUCUUCCUAGGUUACACCGUCUGCUACCACCCCCAGGCCAUGUCCCAGAUGGUGACCAAGGGGGACAUGAAGCUGCUGUUCUCCGCUUUCAAAGAUCUUCAAAAGGACCCAGAGCCCCGCAUCCGCGAAUUCGCCACCAGGCAGCUCAGCUUCCUCCCCCAAGUGGCAGCCAGCUGGGGGUGACCUGACUGCCCGCCACCGCGGCCCUCACCCGCCCCUCCCCGUGCCCACCGCGUGGUCAGCCCUGCCCCUCUGCACAGACCUUGGUUGCAUAACAUUUUUCCAUUUGAAAGAAAGAUCUAGAUUCCACAAAGAA